AUGUCCUCGUCCCCCGACCUCGUCAACGUCGCCCUCACAGGCACCACCUACUUCACCGCCAACGCCCUCGUCAAUAUCUCCAACGUCUACUCCAGCAUCAAUGUCUCCAGCCUCCCCGCUUUCUGUCGUCUCGAGCUCACCAUCACGACGAACACCACCGCCGGCUCGUUUGCGCUCACCGAGGUCUGGCUCCCGGACGUGUGGAACAACCGCAUGCUCACCUUGGGGAACGGCGGGCUCGCUGGUGGAGUCACCGUGGCCGAGCUGGGGCACGUUGCCAUCCCACAAGGAUUCGCGGGCAUUUCUACGAACACCGGGCACGACGGCGACACCAACGACGGCGCCUGGGCCGGGCCGCACAACGACAAUGCCAUCGUUGACUGGGGUUGGCGCGCGCUGCACCUGAGUGUGCAGGCGGGAAAGGCGGUCGUGGAGCAAUACUACCAGGCCGCCCCGACGCGGUCGUACUACCUCGGGUGCUCUGCAGGUGCGUUGAAGGAGGUCCAGACGUUCCCGCAGGAAUUUGAUGGUGUGAUUGUUGGGUCCCCGGCAGAUUGGUGGACGCACGUGCAGGCGUGGUCGAUUCACAUGAACCUCAACACGCAGCCCUCGACCUCCAAGCACUUUAUGACGGAAGAUAUGUGGCAGAACCUCAUAGGACCCGAGGUUCUCAGGCAAUGUGACGCAGCAGAUGGACUCGUUGACGGUGUCAUCAGCCUUCCAAGAAAUUGCCACUUCCGUCCCGAGACCCUCACCUGUGGCCCAGGUCAAAGCACAUCUCAAUGUCUGACAACCGACCAAAUCAGCGCACUGCAACGCAUCUAUGCGCCAUACUACGAGGCGGAUCAGACCCUCGUGUUUGGGGGCUAUUAUCCGGGCGGAGAGGCAGACUUCUAUAAUGGCUUGGUCGGGAAGACGCAAUUCAAGAUCGGGGUAGCUUGGUAUCAGUUCAUGGUCACGAACGACACGCGUUGGACUAUCCACGACUACAACGCUACGCUCCUGGCGCUUUCAGACACGAUCAACCCAGGGCAAGCGAACGCCAACGACCCGAACAUCACCGCAUUCCUGGGACCUCAGCACAACGGGAAGCUCCUCCACUACGUCGGCUGGGCGGACCAGCUGAUCAGCCCAGAAAACCCGAUCCGCUACUACGAGACCGUGCACGAAGUCCUCCGGGGCUCCACCAACAUCAACAUCGACGACGUCUACCGCUUGUUCAUGGCCCCCGGGAUGCAGCACUGCCACGGGGGCCCGGGGGCCAACGCCUUCGGCUCGGUGGAGCAGGCGUCCAACAACAACCCGCCCCUUUCGUUCGACCCGCAGCACAACAUCGUCGCGGCGAUGGUGCAGUGGGUCGAGGAGGGGAUAGCGCCGGAUACGUUGACAGCGGCGCACUACGUGGGCAACGAUGCCGCUAACGGUGUGGAGUUUACGAGAACGCUGUGCAGAUAUCCACUAAACCCCCGAUUCAACGGAGGAGAUCCGAACAAUGCUGCCAGCUUCGACUGUAUCUAA